CGACCGACGCCUUGGGUAAAGUUUCUUGACGGCCGUUGUCAGUUUGUUGAGCCAGCCAGGACGCUCGUCGUUGAAGUAUUUCUUCUCUCUCAUGGUCCGAGAAGAGAGGGGGUGAAAGUCGGAUAGGUGAGCUAGCGCAGCUACGCCAUUUUUAUACCUCCGCGGGCAUUUGUGGCGCGCGCUUUUGUCGAGGCUUGCCAUUUUCUCUGGAUUGCAAGAAGCGCUGCGGAUGGACCUUGUUGAUUGCUUCGCGAAGCCCUUCCGAAGAUUUGACUCUCAGGGCCGAAGUAAUGGACCGCAGGGCAGAGGUGGAAGAAGACCAGCUGCGUGAUGGUGGGCUCUGCAAAGAGUGGAGGCUGUGGUCAGCUUGUUGGACCUGCCAGGGCGCCCUCUGGGAGAGUGUUUCCUGUCACUCAUGGCCCAGAAGUAGUCGCGUACAGAAGUGAUUAGGUGAAGGUCGGAUACACGAGCUCGAGCAGCUGCGCCUUACUUAUACCCCUGUUGGCAUUUGUGGCAUGCGCUAUUGUCGGGGCUCGCCAUGACCUCCGGUAUUGUAGGAAGCUCUGCGGCUGGACCGUCGUUGCUAUUCCAUUCCAUAGAUCCUGGUCCGAUCUCCGGAUUACC